CGCGGUCUCCGGGAGCCAGCGGGGAAGAAAGGAGCCGAGCGGGCGGAAGGCGCCCUCUCCGCCGCCUGGGCCCGGGCACCGGGUGCCGGGCCCGGGGUCCUUCCCGCCGCCUGCGGUCGCCGGUCGCUUUGUUUCCCCCGCCUCUGCGCUCCGGGCUCCUCGAGAGGGGCUCCCGCGGGGGCUGCUCGGGGAUCGCGGCGGCAGGAAGGGCGGCCGACCGCGCGGGGACUCGCGGGGACCCAGGAGUCCGGCCGCCGGGAGGCCCGCGUGAGAGAUCCAGGAGGGAGCUGAGCUCGGCGCCCCAGGUGUGCGGGCCGGGGGCGGCCGUGAGCAGAGACCUCCCCGUCGAGGGGGGGCGAUGUUCCCCUCGCCCGUGGGCUCUUCGGGCAGCCGGGGCAUCCCGCCGCUAGGACCCGGGCCCCCGCCGCGGGCACCCCCCCGGGCGGCUCCAUGGAGACUCUGUGCCCCCCGCCCCGCCUGGCAGUGCCGGCGGCCCCGCGAGGGUCGCCCUGCUCCCCGACACCCAGGAAGCCGCGCCGGGGGACCCGGGAGUUCUCCCCGCUCUGCCUGCGCGCCCUCGCCUUCUGCGCCCUCGCCAAGCCCCGGGCGUCCCCGUUGGGCCUCGGGCCUGGGGAGCCGGCGCCGCGGGCUCCGCUGCUGCUGGGCCCGCGCGCCCCCCCGCGCCCCGGCAGCCGGGCCCCGGAGGGCCUGAGACCCCUGGCGGGGCCGGCCGGGCGGUGCGGCGCCCCGAGCCCCCCUGCCGGCCAGGAUGCCGCCGCCGCCGCCGCGAGCCGGGCCCGCCGCGAGGAGGAAGAGGGCGGAGGCAGCUUCCCGCACUCGGGCGCUCGUUCCGGCCUCCCUGCGGGCCGCUGCCCGGCGCCCCGGAGCCCGCGGGACUCGGCGACCAGCCCCGCCUCGGCCCCGCCUCGGCCGGCCCCGGGUCUGGACCCUCCGCCCGGCCCCGCCGCCGCCAGCCCGCACCCGGAGCCCGGCUCCCCGCCUUCGCCGCCGCCGCCACCUGCGGGCCUGUCCCUCGAGCCCGCGGCGCCGGGGGCCGCGCCGGAGCCGCCCCGGUCCGCCCCAGCGGCCGCCGUCCACGGAGCCCCGCCGCCGGCCGCCCCCGAGGCACCCGCCGCCAGCCCCUCGACGGCCCGCGGAGCUGCGGCCGCGCCCGGCAACCUGCGCCAGGAGCACUUCGAUCGCCUGAUCCGCCGGUCGAAACUCUGGUGCUACGCGAAGGGCUUCGCCCUCGACACGCCGAGCUUGCGCCGCGGCCCCGACCGGCCUCCCGCCAAGGGGCCCGCCCGGGGAGCCGCCAAGAAGCGCCGCCGGCCCGCGCCCCCCCAGCGCCCCGCGCAGCCCCGCCGCCCGGCACCGACGCUCCCCACCGGCAGCACCUUCAGCCUCCUCGACUGCUUCCCCUGCCCCCCGGCCCUGGUCGUGGGCGAGGACGGGGACUUGGGGCCGGCGUCCUCGCUCCGCCUGCAGGGGGACUCCAAGCCGCCGCCUGCCCACCCGCUGUGGAGGUGGCAGGUGGGGGGCCCCGCUGUCCCGGAGCCCCCCGGCGUCAAAUUCUGGGGGAUCAACCUGGAGGACCUCUGAACGUGAGACCUCUGCUGCCAAGAGGGGAGAAGUUGGGGCCACAGCCGAGCUGCUGGCUGGCAUCUCACACUUCCUCACCCCUUGAUGUUUUAUGGGCUGUGGUCAGAGGGACCUCAAGUGACAAUGAUCUUCAAGCGCCCCACUGGUGGGGGCGACACCCCCACCCCCUCCUCCAUCCGAGGUGAUCUCAGGCUGCAAGGGAGGUUGGAUGACCUGGAUGCCAGUCCCCCCGCUCUUCCAUCUCGGAUCUCUGGGGGCAGUGCCUUCACCCCAGAGGCAGCCAAGGAGGGUGCUCCGCGGAGACCAGGCAGAAAAGGAUGGAGAGACCUUGGUGAUGGACAUACCGGUUGUUGUGGGCGAGCUCAGGGAUGAGGGGCUGAGAUGGGGGUGGGGAGGUGAUUGGCAGCUCCCUGGGGGCAUCCCCCACCCCCACCAUCUAGGCCUUUAACCCUUCACUCCCCUCAGGCCUUCCCCAGCGCUCAGAGCACCACGAAGCCUUCUUGGGGGAAAGGGCAGCUUGAGCAAGGGGACUAUCACCCCCUUUCCUAGGGGCCCCCAGGUCAGGAGACCCCGGAUUGUUGGGGGGUCCUCAGUCUCAGCCACCAACUUUCCCCUUUUGUUCAGUUUUGGCGUUUCCUUCUUCAGUUUUCCCGUUUGCUUGCAGUUUAGGGGUCUGAUGGGUAAAAGGAUGCCCCUUGGUCAACCAAACCCCUCCCCUAGUUUACUCCUCAGAUGAGAUCUUCGGAGGGGCAGGGCCAGGGACCUCCUCCCCUCCAAAGUGCAGCCUGCGCCUGGGGAAGGGGCCAGAGGUUUUCCCAGGGAAAGUAAUGGAAGGUGGAAGAAAUCAAUAAAGUCAGACCAAACAAGUUGCCUUUUGCGGUCCUCUCCACCGAUGUAUGGAUGGGAGGGGGUGGAGGUAGAGGGGAGGCCCGGGUCCUGCUUUGGACACGAAACUCAGCCCCCCUGAGAGAGAGACACAGACCGCGGCUUUGGCGGAGGGGUAAAUGGAGGGGCUCUGGGCCUGGACACGAGGGUCAGGGGGGUUUGAAAGGGCAAAGCUUGGGUUUGGAUGGGAGCUGGGCGGCGGUGCCUUCAGCUCGCCCCUUUCCUUCAGGCAUUUUGGGAGUUGUCAGGGACCUGAUGGAUCCGAGGGGGGCAGGGCCAGGGGAUUAGCUUUGAGGUCAGAGGUUCUGUUUUCUGGGGGGAGGGGAGAGCUAGGCCUGGACCACGCCCUCAGGCCCGGAGGGUCCCUUAGAGCCGGGAGGGAUGGAGCGGCUUUCCCCACCCAGGUGAGGUCAGGGGAGGUCAGCUCAGGGAAGGUCCAAGUGUGGGUGUGAGGGGAAGCUGGGGGUUGAGGAUCUGCCCAACCCCAUGGGGACCCAGUGACCUUUCCACCCCAGCGAGUGAUGCCCCCCAUUCCCGCAAAACAGGGUGAGGGAGGAACAAUUCCCACACAUGAUCCUGGGGAAGGACUUGUCUCCUUUUCUGUGAAAAUGCUUUGUAAAAAGUUAUUGUUUGCAUAGAGCAGAUCCUCUAUAAAUACUGUGUUGGACCACAAA